CCACAUAUGGCAACCAAGACCAUCGCAAUGCUCCUCUUCACGCUGCUUCUCCUCUUCACUUCCUCUCAGUUGGGAGCAGAAGCACGAAUGUGCCAGUCUCAGAGCCACAAGUACCAUGGAGCUUGUUUCCACAACCAUAACUGCGCUCUGGUCUGCCGGAACGAGGGUUUCUCCGGCGGCAUCUGCAGAGGGUUCCGCCGUCGGUGUUUCUGCACCAGGCUUUGUUAAUUAAAUCAUCAUGCAUGUCUUUAGGUUUAUGUGCUUUUCCUUCUGUGUAUAAUUAGGUAGACUAAUUAAUGGUAUGUAUGUACUGUAUCCGGUUACUUAAUGUGUUUUAU